GCCAGCGACGCCGACACCAGCAUUGCGGGCACCGUAUUGUCGGCAGCCGAGGCGUGCCCUACAAGAUCAGCGCCUUGUGGAGAUCUCGCAGCCAGCAGCGAUUGCCGUUGCAGUGCCGCUGGCUCAGGAGACGAGCUCGCGAGCGGGGGCAGCACGCACUGCGGCCUGGACCGGGGCUCCCUCGCGUGCGACGGGUCCGACCUGGGCUCCGACUGCGGGUCCGCCGAGGAGUCCGCCUGCAGCGACUCCGAGUGCGGCUUCGGCGACCGGGUCCAGGAGUGGGAUUCGGACUUCAUGACUGACAAUGCCUCAAGCGAUGAUGAGUAG